AUGGCAAGUGGGGAUCUAGAGAGAGGGACAAAGAACAGAAGAAAUAACACAAAUUUCUCUUCAUACUAUGUUGAAACAGCAGAGAAGCAAUGGACUUCUUGGCUAAUUCCCAUGUUUGUUGUUGCAAAUAUUGCUGUAUUUAUUGUUGUCAUGUAUGUCAACGACUGUCCUAAAAAAAUUCUGGGUUCUGAAGGUAGUUGUGUGGCUAAGUUCCUUGGCAGGUUCUCUUUUCAGCCGUUGAAGGAGAACCCUCUAUUUGGCCCAUCAUCUGCUACAUUGGAAAAAAUGGGAGCUCUGGAGUGGAACAAAGUAGUGCAUGGAGAUCAAGGAUGGAGACUUAUCACUUGUAUGUGGUUGCAUGCUGGGGUUAUUCAUGUGCUUGCAAAUAUGUUGAGCUUGGUCUUUAUUGGGAUUCGCCUUGAACAGCAGUUUGGAUUUGUGCGAGUUGGGCUUAUCUACCUAGUGUCAGGAUUUGGUGGGAGCAUCUUGUCGGCGCUUUUUAUUCAGCAAAACAUUUCUGUUGGUGCAUCUGGUGCUUUGUUUGGACUUCUUGGAGCAAUGUUAUCGGAGCUUCUUACUAACUGGACAAUCUAUUCUAAUAAGAUUGCUGCACUACUCACACUCAUGGUCAUCAUUGCCAUUAACUUAGCCGUGGGAAUUCUUCCACAUGUUGACAACUUCGCACACAUUGGAGGUUUCUUGACUGGUUUUCUACUUGGCUUUGUUUUGCUACUUCGUCCACAGUUUGGGUGGGCAGAAAGCCGACAAUUUCCUGCCGAUGGUCGUGUAAAAUCUAAGCACAAGGCUUACCAAUAUGCGCUCUUACUGGCUGCCAUAGUCUUGCUUAUUGUUGGAUUUACUUUGGGAUUGGUAAUGCUGUUUAAAGGAGAGAAUGGGAAUGAGCACUGCAAUUGGUGCCAUUACCUAAGCUGUGUGCCUACUUCAAAAUGGAACUGCCAGAACUGA